GCAGAAACAGCAGAGCGAGAAGCAACCACGCACGCACGCUCACGGACAAACACACCUGGUUCAUGAGUCGAUACAUUCAAGACUUGCUUUGUGUUGUCACGUUUUCCCCUUCAUCCUACUCCUGUAUAGGACAGACACCCCCUUACCCCACAAACUCUCACCUCUGACCUCUAACCCUUGACGUCUGACCCCAGAUCUCUGAACCCUGACCUCUGAACCCUGACUCCUGACUAUGAACCCUCAGGGGGGUCAGUACCUCAACAAGGCGGCGGUCUUCUCCUCGCUUGGUGCCGCCCGCCUCUCCCAGCUGGCCCUGAGCUGCUCGGUGGUCGCCAUGGUGAGCCACAGUGCGGGCUACAGCGGCGGGUCGUACGGCGUGUUCUGCAUGGCGGUGUGGUGCGCGUGCUUCGGCAUGACGACGGUGGUGUUCUUCCUGGACGCCACCCGUCUCCACGCCUGUCUGCCGGUCUCCUGGGAUAACCUGACGGUGGCAUUCGCCGCCCUGGCGACCCUCAUGUAUGUGACAGCCUCGGUGGUUUACCCAGUCUACUUUGUCAGAGCAGAGUGCCCCUACGCAGGCUGUGAGGUCCGGAACUUCCGCAUCGCCGUCACUGUCUGCUCCAUCGCCGGCUCCCUGGCCUACGGCGCCGAGGUGAUCCUCUCGCGGGCCAAACCAGGCCGGGUCGUGGGCUACAUGGCAACCGUCUCCGGCCUCCUCAAGGUCGUCCAGGGCUUCGUGGCGUGCAUUAUCUUCGGAGCGCUGGCGAACGGGACCGAGUAUUCUCGUCACGUAGCGAUGAUUUACUGCGUGGUCGUCUACGCCGUCUGUUUCGCCAUGACGACCGUUGUGGUUAUAUUGACCGUGUCCGGUCGCACCGGGUGUUUGAAGUUACCGUUCGACCGGUUUGUUGUUGUUUACACGCUCUUAGCGGUUCUUCUCUACCUCAGCGCCUCCGUCGUCUGGCCCGUGUUCUGCUUCGACAGGAAGUACGGAUCGCCAGAGCGCCCGUCGUCAUGCCCGCGGGGCCGGUGUCCGUGGGAUAGUAAGGUGGUCGUGGCGGUGUUUAGCGUGGUCAACCUGGCGCUGUACGUCGCCGACCUGGUGUACUCACAACGGAUACGUUUCGUAACCCAGCAACCACGGGUGUAGAACAGAACGGAACAAAGCGGAACCGAAUGAUACGGAACAGAAUAGAAUGGGAUAAAACUUUAUUGUACACCCAGAAGUGAACAUUCACACAAAGACAAUAUGCUUUGUCUUCCACCACCAACCACUGGUGAGGUGUAGAAUAGGAUGAGUAGGUAGAGCUAACUACUGAGUCAGAGAGUAAGGGACGUCGACUAUUCAUCAAUCAAUCAAUCAAAUGUAUUUAUAAAGCCAUUUUUACUUCAGCAGAUGUCACAAAGUGCUUGUACAGAAACCCAGCCUAAAACCCCAAACAGCAAGCCAUGCAGAUGGAGAAGCACGGUGGCUAGGAAAAACUCCCUAGAAAGGCAGGAACCUAGGAAGAAACCUAGAGAGGAACCAGACUCUGAGAGGUCAGUCCUCUUCUGGCUGUGCCGGGUGGAGAUUAUAACAGUACAUGGCCAUUAAGGCUUUUGAUUGAGUGUACAUCACCUACUUGUAUGAAUGUGUCACCCUCUUUUAAUGAAGAGCUUAUAUCUCACAACCAUGUAACCAUUGAGAUAUAAAGUAUUCAGUCUUUAUGCCCAUAACAGCCAGCUAGCCCUGCUACGACACCCCAUUAUGGUGACACUCUACCCCAGUAACUGACCUCUCUCACACCCCUCUAGAUAUGAUGGGGGAUGGAUGAUAUCACUAAACAUGACAUCACUGACUAACACAAUCCCUCUCCUCUCCUUCUCCCCUCCUCUGACUAGCCUGACAGACCCUACCAGACCACAUCAUUGGCAUCUCUAGCUAAACCCCUAUUAUGCUGUCCUCCUCCCCAACUCCCUGCCCCUCCAGCCCAGACUACCACCACUCUAUCUGGGGUGGAAAAUGGGAGAGAGUAGCUCUACUUCUCCAACCCAUGACACACUCCACUCUCCCUUUCCCCAGUACCAGCCACCUCCCCUGCCCCUCUACCCCCAGAACGCCCCCUCUCUCCCUGGGGUGUGAGGGGAGAGUGUGGCCUCCGUAGCAGCCAGCUGGUUGGGGCUUCUCUGUCAGCAGAACCAGAAGGAGAGGAACAGCAUGGAAUCUGACCAGCUCAGCACACUCUCACUGGGGUCUGCACAUUUACAUUGAGUCCCCCACCCUCUCUCUGUCUCUCUCUGUCUCUCUCUCUCUCUCGCUCUCUCUCCCUCUCUCUCUCUGUCUCUCUGUCUCCCUCUCUCUCUCUGUCUCUCUGUCUCUCCUCUCCUUUUUUCCUCAUCUCAUCUCCUUUCCUCCUCUCUUUUCCUCCUCUCCUUUCUUCCUCUUCUCCUCUCCUUUCUUCCUCCUCUCCUCCUUUCUUCCUCCUCUCCUUUCUUCCUCCUCUCCUCUCCUCUCCUCUCCUCUCCUCUCCUCUUUUCCUUUCCUUUCCUUUCCUCUCCUCUCCUCUCCUCUCCUCUCCUCUCCUCUCCUCUCCGCUCCUCUCUUCUCUUCUCUUCUUCCUCCUCUCCUUUCUUCCUCCUCUCCUCAGCUAACUGUGUCUCAUCCUCCUCUUCUGCAGUGUCUAAUCUAGGCUCAGGGUGUCUUAGUCCCGUUGUCAGGCACGACAGGAAGUUAUCAAUCCCAUAAACACCCUACCGACCAUCUCCAUGAUGAUUUCAGAACCCAGUUUGCAGUUCCGUUGUGUUGUGUUGUGUUGUGUUGUGUUGUGUUGUGUUGUGUUCCGUUGUGUUGUGUUGUGUUGUGUUGUGUCAGAAUACUGUCUGUUUAUUUGCUUGUGUCUUAAAGUGAGUGCUAUUAAGAAGUUAUAUUAUCAAGUUUUGUAAAUUGAAUAAAUGAUAAAUGGAUUAACAUGGAAAAAUCCAGGAUUUUUGUGAUACAUCUUUGUGUUGAUUUUGCAG